GAAAACUACCAAGAUAAUACUUCAGAGAAGGUGGAAAUAUAAUUGAAGCUACCAGAAUAUGAAGUUGUUUAUAUUACUAGCUUUUCUGGUUCUGUUUUCCAUUUUGGCCCCGUUAAUUGCGGCACUUAAUGGAGAUCCAUAUCAAAUUCUUGAGAUUGGCAAAGAUGCUGAUGAAAAAACGAUUAAAUCGGCCUAUCGUCGACUCCUGAAGAAGUAUCAUCCAGAUAAGAACCCUCUGGAGGAGGCACAUGAAAAGUUUAUUGAAAUUGGGGAAGCAUAUGAGAUUCUUAGUGAUGAAACCAAAAAGAGUAAUUAUGAUAAAUACGGUGAUCCUGAAGGAGCAGGGGGUCCUGGUGGUGGUGAUUUUGAUUUUGGUGAUAUACUUAACCAAUUCUUUGGUGGUGGUGGUGGUGGACCCGGAGGAGGAAGAAGAAGAAGAGGUAAGCCUAAGGGAAGUAAUACUCAAGUAAAUUUACAUAUUGCACUUGCAGAUUUUUAUCGUGGUAAAGAGGUUGAUUUCACUGUUGAAAUGACUAACUUAUGUGAUGAAUGUAAAGGAAGUGGUAGUGAAGAUGGUGCCAAACAUACGUGUGACAGAUGUCAAGGUAGCGGUCAAAUAUUGAUUCAAAGACAAUUUGGACCUGGAAUGGUACAGAGAAUGCAAAUGCAAUGUGAUGAAUGUGGUGGUUCAGGUAAUCAUAUUACUCAUGUUUGUAAACAUUGUGGAGGAGUUGGAACUAUGCAAAAAUCGAGAAAUUAUAGUGUAUUUGUUAAAGCUGGAACUCUGAGAAAUGAUGAUAUAGUCUUGGAAGGAGAAGGAGAUCAAAAUCCUGAAUGGAUACCCGGUGAUUUAAUUGUUAAAUUAAAAGAAGACUUGACCAAGAGUUGGGGGUAUCGUAGAAUCAAGGAACAUUUAUAUAGAACUGAAGUUUUAUCGUUACGUGAAGCAGCAAAUGGGGGAUGGAAAAGAAGUAUUGCCUUUUUCGGAGAAGAUGAUAUUAAAAUAUCAAGAAAAUCCGGUGAUGUUGUCAUUGAUGGACAAGUUGAAGUUAUAAAAGGUAAAGGUGCCCCAAUAAUCAAUGAAGAUGAUGAAGAAAGAUAUGGUGAUUUGUAUAUAGAGUAUCGUGUUGUUGGGUUGCAAAAAAAAGUUGGAAAAGAUGAAUUAUAAGAAGUUAGAGGUGUA